AUGAUUAUUGUUUGCAAACGGGCGUUUGGGAAACAUGUUAAUCAGCAAGUUCCUCUCGACAGAAAGACUUUGAAGGUUAUGUAUAAAAUGGUAAUUGCGCUGUCCAAAAUCUCAAUCGUCCUUCUCUAUCUCCGAAUAUUCUUUGGAAAGCUUAUUAGACGGUAUUGCUGGCUGAUCAUCUCGCUAGUUACCUGCUACACGGUCGAUUCGACAACAGCUACUGUGUUCCAAUACUCCCCAAUCCAUCGUGCUUGGGACAGACGGGCUGCCAGAUCAUGUAUCAAUAUGUCAGCGAGCUGGGUCCUCGACAAACUCCUCAACGUGGACUAUCAUCGAAGCACACGUCGCCAUAAUAUAUGCGCUUGCAUGCCCACGUACAAAGCACCUCUUUCCAAGAUGUUCCCUGGCAUAUUCAACUCGUUCUACAACUCAAAAAACGUUGCAGAGCCCAAACGAGAUUCAAGGGUUGAUCGGUCCCGUCCAGCGUCGUUCAUCACCCAAUUAGGCACUUGUCAUUUACGGCAUUAG